GCGCCCUCGAAUUUCGCAGUCGCAUUGCGUGCAGCGUAGCAGCUGUGCCAGUUGCGUCUGAUUUUCAAUAAAUAACCAGGAAAAUAAUUACAAGCUAAACUUUGGCAUUGUGCGUGUUUCAGUUCAAAAUUCGCAACUCCGAGAAGCGAAAAUGUCUCUGGGCAUCUCGUCCCGACUCAAACACCCCAAGAAGCACGAGCUGGUCAAGUCCCACAGUCAGGCCCAGAUCCUGGCCAACAAGCUGCGGCAGGACGGCGUGCUAACGACAGUGGAAAAUGUUCUGCAGGCCGUCGAUCAGGUGGCAGCUCUGCUCGCUUCCAGCCUCACCGACCCCAACAUCUCCUACAAGGACAGCAUCAUCAACUUGUGCCAGCACUUGAAGGUGUAUGGCGCCUAUUUGGAGAUCUUGUACAAGGAACAGUUGGAUCACGCAUUUAAAAUUUUUCGGGACAAGGCCCAAGACGACAUACGAGUUGAUCUCCUUUCGCGAUUACACUUGCUCGAACUGAUCGAACUGAGAGCCAAGGGAUGGAAGGGCACCGAAGUGAUGAACCAGUAUUACAGGAAGAAAGUCAACCAAUAUUCGCAGAUUGAUAUGUCCGAUUCCGCCACGAGCCUAAGCGACUCCAUGUGUUCAAUGUCGGUGUCCACGUCUCCGCCUCUCCUGGGACCCGGUGAAGUUCUCAAACCCUCAGGAAAGUUCUCCAAACCGACGAGAAUACCGGGUAAGAAGUACUGUAAGGAUGAGGUGGUCAUCCGGAACGCAGACUCCGGUAAAGUAAUGGGUAUCAAAGGAAGGCGUGUUCAUAUGAUCGAAGAACUUAGCGAAACGAUCAUUUCGUUUCAGCGAGUCAAUCCUGGUGCGAAGGAGAGACUGGUUCAGAUAACGGGGGCGAACGAAGAAAGCAUCAACCAUGCUAAGCAGCUGAUCGAAGACACGAUCCGACGAAACGCCUCACCUGUUCGAGAACACGAAAUGGCAGUCGGUGGUCCUUUAACGGGCUCCAGUUCUAGUAUCAACUCUUCUGCUUCUGACGAUAGUGCUUUGCCAUCGUCAGCCAGAGCAUCGAGAGCUUUAAUGCACAGUUUGAGCACAAACGACGCCACAAUCGGCGAAUACAAAUACAGUGUAGUGACCGGUGGCUACACGAUCAAGAUCACCGGCGAUAACCUCGACUUAGUUCGAACGAGCAAAUUGGUCCUGGAGGAGUAUUUCUCAGGGGAACCAAUACACGAACAAUUUUAUAGCUUCGAUAGUCUGCCGCAGCCUAUUGUGGCGGGAGUAGAGGACGGACCCCUGUCCCCACCCGAAUCCAUCCCCUCUCCCGGCGUCAUCACCAACGGCCAGACCGAGGAGACAGGUAAAGAUGGAAGGGUGAAACUGCGCAAACCCCAUAUGCCAAUCGAAGACAUAAUCAAGGGUAAGACGUCGUCGUCGUCGUCGUCGUCGAGCGACCAAACAAACAAGUCCGCCCUGGUGUAUACAAUCGAAUUUCUGGCCCACCUGGCCAUGUCGCCGCUGUGUCUGGGGGCGCCGACCGACUGGGAGCGAAUCUCGAGAGACUACCCCUUCUUAAUCCGCAACACUGGGGAUACGUUCGACGCCAAACAGUAUCUGUCCACGCGCACAGGUGAACCGACUUGCGUCCUAAGCGCCGACGAUGUCGAUUCGGCGGACGUUUGACGCAAAUGAUAGUUACGAGUUUUAAUGAAGCAAUUUUCGGUUUCUUUCCUACGAGGUCAAGUUUAUUUUCUUCGGGCUCAAUAUCUUUAUUAACUUAGGGUAGCGAACAAAGGGAAAUAUAAAAAGUUUUAUACUCUAUGGAUAGUUGCCUAUUUUUCGUAUACAGUUUGUAACAAUUUUUUAAAAAAACGUUUGAUGUGUUGUUUUGUGACAAGAGUUUAAAGCUGUUGGUUUAGUAGAGGAAUAUCUAUUAACUUUACUUAAGAUUAAAACACAAAAAAAUAAGACUACUUAUUUUUAGUUAAUGUGACUGACUUUACUAAUAAUCUCUUAGCGAAAAUCAUCUCAGACUAUUUAUGUUAUUUAUUCUUGUGAUCAUCUAGAUUCAUGUAAGGAGCGUUCAUGUGAGAAGCUGUAGUCUGGCAUAGAUUUAUGGAAGUAGUGAUAUCUGUAAUGAUUUGUCAGCUGGAGUUUAUUGAUGGUAUGAUACUCAUUCAUCGAGUACGGUUUUCUAUAUAUUUUUAUGUAGGUUUUCUCGUUAAGCAUUUUUCUUAUGUUUUAUUUAACUUUUGUAACUGAUCUGGUCAUACGCGACUGUUACCUGUAACGUGAAAGUAUUUUGUUUUUUGUUUUGUUUUAUAUACAUUUUUGUUUAUGCUAAAGAAAUUUAAAUGUUAAUUAGUUAUGCUUCAUGUUUAAUAAAGUUUAUCAAAGAA